CGGAACUUUGUGCGUGCGGCGUAUGUGUGCGGGUUGCGUGAUCAGUUUGCUGCGUUUUCUGUGCCCUUUGCCUCGCUGUGACAUCUUUGGUAUAUUCCAACUUGUUGCUCGCUCGUUAUGGGCUACACGUUGCCUCGAAGAUCACCAUGAUCGCCUGCGACUCAGCCACAUCGAAGGUUGGAGAAGUGCUCAUUCAGAUGAUCCUGGCACAGCUUGCCAUGGUGGACCAGGCAAGUUUGCAAGGGCCUUGAUUCACCAUGUGUUCACAGAGAAGAACCUCAUUGGCCACUCACUUCUCGGAAACAACACCACCAAUAGGCAAAAAGAGGCUCUUGGCCUUAUCAGGGUCAACGCUGUUAUAGGCUUUACCUGUCACAAGUUUCCUGGGACAAACAUGGCCUACAUUAAGAACACUCUGGCCUCACUUCUCGCAAGGGACCUGAAGUGUCCAGAAGAGCUCAAGUCUGUGGACAGUUCAAGUGUUGUGCACUUGCAGCCCUCAACAUUUUUUUAUUAUUAUGAUGUUUCCAGUCACCUGAAAAGCCCAGGUUGGAUGGUUGAGACACAAGUACUGUGUUGUGAUUAAUAAUUAAUUGCACAAGUGUUGUGCUUUGUAUUUUAGUACAUUUUUACGUAAAUUUUUAAUAUAUUUCCACAAAAGAUAGUGUUUCUUGACUAUUUUAUUUCAUAGGUAUCUCGGGUCAUUUCGUGCCAAGACUGUUCCAUGACGGCACACCAUUUCAAGUUUGUUUGAUAAAGUAAAAGUAGGCACAGUGAGAAAUUUUACAGAAAAUUAGGUUUCAUAAAUACACCGGAAAGUGGAAUCUGUGCUAUUGUCAGAGUGGUUCUGCUUAAAGAAAAACUACAUAUUAACAUAUGUUUGUAGUAAUGGUUUAUUUUUCUAUUUCGAAAGAGUAAGAAUUAAGAGGUAAAGUUUGCUUAAAUUCAGAGUGCAACAACAGUUCUCGGGCAAGGCAGCGAUGUGCUUUCUUUCAUGUACGCAUGAAAUCUGAUUUCUUGCAAAUUCUUUCAUUCUAACUUGUUUUGCGGCACUCAAAAAUUAAAAAAAAUUUUCUCAUGCCAGUUCCGUUUAAGUCUUCCAGCAGGUAACUAAUGGCCACUGUCUAUCACGUAAACAUCUUUAGUCAAAUUGAAUAAAUCGCUUGGUAUGUAAUGACCUGCCCAGGAACCUAGUAAUCAUGGCAGAAAACGCAACUGGAUCGUGCAACAAGCAAUGCAGCACAAUAAACUGCUGCCAUGGCACAACUUAUUGUAAUUACGAUGUCGUUUCAGAGGAAGAUAAUGUUUAGUAAAAUGGGCGCACACCAUUUAACCAAUAAAUAAGAGUCUCAGUGGGCUCAUUCAAAUUGUGCCAUGAUUAUUAAGUUGCUGGUACCAAAUAGAGAAAGCAAGUACAUUUUGAAUGUUAUUUACUGUAAUGCUUGUAUAUUAUUUAUUUUCUAUUUAUUUCAAUUUUGAGAGCCACGCAAAAUUUACAUCUCUCAGUAUUCAAUUUCAUUAUUGUAUCAAGCUGCUGGUGGUUUGUAGAUUGCGUUAGGAAUUUUUUUAUCUCAAGGCACACAUGGCUGUACAGUUAACAAAUGUUUGGCUUCAAUAAACAAUUCAUC